AUGGCAUCGUUCAGUGUUGGGGACGUUCGUCCUGCUGGUGAACAUGAUGUUGCAACAUUUCGCAAUUUGAUGGAUGAUGACUCCAAAUGGCAUAAAGUAUUUGGAAAGAAAGAUACCACCGUAUAUAUAAAAGAGUCGGAAAAUUCUUCAAUUCAUAUGGUCAAAGUUAAAACGAAUGUGGCAGGACUGUCUGCAGCCGAUCUGUUUGAUACACUAAUGGAUCCAGAUUACAGAAGGGCGUGGGACAAAUACAUGGUGGAGGGUUACGACCUGUGCCUUGUUAGUCCAAAUACAGACAUUGGAUAUUAUCUUGUUAAGUCUUUUCCUCCAUUCAAGUACCGGGAUUCUGUGACUCUUCGAUCAUGGUUUAAAUUUGAAAAUGAGUAUAUUAUAAUGAAUCACUCCGUGUUCCACGCGGCUGCACCUCUUAGGAAACAGUAUAUUCGCGCAAUCUCAUAUUUAAGUGGAUACAUCGUUCGAAAGACCGGGCCCGAUUCCUGUUUCUUUGGUUUUGUAACCCAGUCGGAUCCACGAGGCAAGUUUCCCUCCUGGGCUGUCAACCGCGUGGCCCAAAUAAUCGCCCCCAAAACAGUCGCCAUGCUGAUAAAGGCAGCACGCGCGUACCCCGAAUGGAAAGCCAAGAACACUCCCACAAUGAAGCCCUGGAUAUUCCCUGAACAGAAUAAGCUGGCACCGCUGAACCUGUCAGACGUGUGCUCCGCUCCGGACGUGAAAAUCGACGCAACUGAUGAGGAGGAAGGAUGCCAGGUUACAGAUGUGGCCCCUCCGAUUGUACCCGACGACGCGAUUUCCGAACCCUGUGGUGGCGACAGCGACGGGCUUGUUGAGGAAGACACCGUGGCGAACAACGCGACGCCUGCAUCUUCCCCUGCACAAACUCCGAUUACGAUCGGUUGA